CUUCCAAGAAUCUCUUCCUCAUGUGAUGAGCAGCGCAUGUGAGGAUUCGUGUCCUUGGACGAACUAUUUGUCGGAGACGAUCAAUAAAUGCGUGCUCAACUUGUUAUCGUUGCUGUCGACGACAUUCGGUCUAACCUUUAAUUUCGGCGACAUCGUCGUCCUCGAUGACGAGACGUCGUUGAAGCUCCGCGAAUUCUUUCACGAGCUGGUAGCAUUGCUCUCGUUCGACGAUUUUCAGCUGCAGCUGCUCAAAGUCUUCCUGCUGACCCUCGUGGGCAGCGUGACGUUGAUAUUCGUUGCCUGGCACGUUUAUGGCUCCAGAAUUACGGAGCAAUUCAUGAAGACAGGCGCUUCUGAAGAUUGUAAUUCAUCGACUGAGUAAUAUACUAGAUACCUGACUGGCUGGACAGCAAUCUAACAAA